AUGAUCUGUAUGAUGAUAAAAUGGACAGACGAGUUUGUGUGAUGAUCUUCUUCUUGUGUGAAAUCUUUAAGGCAGUAUAUGGAAACAUUGUACAACUUCACCCAGUUGUAUCAGUUCAUGAUGGAGAUCCUGUGGUUUUAUCCUGCUUCAUUAAAACAGGACAAAUAAGUAUGGCAUCGUGGUACAAGCAAGUCACUGGAGGAGAACCACGUCUCAUUGUUUCCUCACUUCUCCAUUCAUCAAGAAGCCAAUUUCAAGAUGAAUUUAACAGCAGUCAUUUUGAAGUUGUAAGAGGGACUGACAGUUUUAAUCUGACAAUUGUAAAUGCCUUACAAUCAGAUUCAGGCACAUACUAUUGUGCUACAUCUUUCUCUAAUGUAAUUGAAUUUGGAAAUGGUACUCGUCUGGUUAUUAAAGGAGCAGAAAUCAGCAAACCCACGAGUCUAAAGUUGCCCAAGACUGAACUUGUUAAAUCAGAGGUAAACGUGCCUCUACAAUGUUCAAUCCAAAAUGAAAUAGUUAGCAGUGGAGGUGAAAAUCAUCUCUACUGGUUCAAACAUGGAUCAGACGAAUCUCCUCCAGGAUUCAUUCAUGUUCAUGGAAACACAAGUGAUGGAUGCGUGAGGAGCUCUGAAGCUGACUGUCUUUCACCGUCCUGUGAAUUCAUCCUCCCAAAGAAAAAGAUCAGUUCCUCACAAACAGGAAUUUACUGUGCACUGGCCACAUGUGGGGAGGCUUUAUUUGGAAAGGUUUAUAAACACAAUCCUGAAAACUUUGAGAAUCAGCGCAUACUAUUUUACAUCCAAAUCGGCCUUGCAGCACUACUGUCAAUAAGUUUUACCAUCAAUAUCCUACUUUGUUGUUUGAGGAAAAGUGGGAUAAAGUCUCAACAGAUACAAACUACCAAUGAGGAUGAUAAUGAUGAUGUGUCAAUGAAGAACAGGGAAAUUACUUACGCUACUGUACUAACCUCCGCCAAACACACAAGAAUGAAGAGGGAGAGCCAUCCUGAGGACACACUGUAUUCUGGUUUAUCAUGCCAUCAACAAAGCUGA